GGCCAAACCUGCAGGACUUUCAGGAGCCGAUCCUUCCGGUGUGGAAAAGCAUGAAUGAAUUCGGAGGCGGGAAAAAUUUCGGGAUAAUUCCACCCCUUCCCUAUUUUCUGGACGUUGUUUUUUUCUUUUCGCACUCUCGCGUCCCUAUUUUUUAGUGAAACUCCCAGUGACAAGGGGGACGUUUUUUUUCUUCCCGGAACGUGUAUUCCGCAGAGCGGUUUUAAAGGAUGCGGAAUUGAAGCUAAGCGACGCGCUUCUUAGAUUGGGAAAUAAUACUGGACGAUUUGUCUUACAUUAAAUUCGACCGCGCUUUUAUGGGUGAAAUUUAAUCUAGCGCGGAUCUGCGGACGAACGGUGUGAAAGUGUAGAGAUGGAGAAAGGACCAGAGGAGUCCUUUUCGUCGCUCUGACAAACGCGGUGAGACGUGACGAUAAAAAUCUCGACGCCUAGCGAUAGAGGCGAUGAAAUGCGGGCGGUAAACGAUACAGUGAAAAAGCUUCAAGGUGCUCGAUCCUGUAAAGGACUUCGGUCAGAUAAAGGCGAAGAACUUUAGUGGGUAAGAACCAGCAGCUCAAGGAUCGACUUACCGAUUAGAGUGUUGUUCCGGGCGUGAAAAAUGGCGCUGGGAUUGUACGCCGGUUACCGGAAUCACUCGAUGGCGAGCGAUCCUGGACCGGAAAUGAAAUUUGACAACCGUUCGUUUGCCUGGAACGAAUCCCUCAGCGAGGAAUACAUCUUUGACAGAACGGACGUCAGAGUAAUCUUCAUCACUCUUUACUCCAUAGUAUUCGCCUGCUGUUUUUUCGGCAACCUGCUUGUCAUCCUGGUGGUCUCCUUCUCGCGUCGACUCCGAAGUAUAACGAAUUUCUUCUUGGCAAAUCUGGCAGUGGCCGACCUCUGCGUGGGAAUAUUCUGCGUCUACCAGACGCUGACGAACUACGUGGUGAACAGUUGGCUGCUCGGGGACUUCCUCUGCAAGGUCUACAUGUUCGUCCACGCUCUCUCCUACACGGCGAGCAUAAUGAUCCUGGUCGUCGUCUGCUCGGAACGAUACCUGGCCAUCGUCCACCCCAUAAAAUGCAGGGCGAUGUUGACCAGGAGUCGGCUCCGCGUCGUCAUAGGGUUGGUCUGGCUCCUGGCCGCUGUCUACGCCUCGCCCCGUUUCAUCUACGUCGAGACAAUCCGGAACCAGCUGCACACCGGCGGCGUCGACGUGAUAUGCAUAGCCAACAUGAAGAAGCACAACAAAAACGUCCUGGACGCCGUCAACGUCAUCUUCCUCUACCUCCUGCCGCUCGUCGUCAUGUGCUGCCUCUACACCAGGAUCGGUGUUGGCCUCUGGAGGAGCGGUGCCGCCCUCGGCGGACCCGGACUUGUUGCCAGGGCGAGAAACGGCAGGGUCAACCACGUGCACACCUCUAGCAGGAACGUCCUCAGGGCCAGGCGAGGCGUCAUAAGAAUGCUGAUCGCAGUCGUUGUCAUGUUCGCCGUCUGCAACUUGCCACAGCAUGCAAGGAUCGUCUGGCUUCACUGGGAUCCGGAUUAUGACAGGACCUCGGACUUCAGCACGAUCCUGACGGUCUCGACGUUCCUCAUCUCCUACGCAAACUCCUGCCUGAAUCCGCUCCUGUACGCGUUCCUCUCGCGUAACUUCAGGAAGGGGAUGAGGGAGCUGGUGGUUUGCAACCCCCGGGGCCAGGGCAGCCGGCUUGGCAUUACUGGCCGCAAGGAAAACGGCCACAACGCAAACCUGCCCCACAGUUCUGUCGUCAGAUUGAGCUCGGCUCACGACAGUCCGAACACGACUCACACCACGCAGACCAUCACGAGGCAAAACACAUUCGGAAGGACUUCCUCGACCUGAUUAUAGGAGCCUCCGACGCGUAUCCGUUUUAUCUACAUUUUCAUCCGCGUGUAAUUUAGGUGCUUAAUCACAUCUCUUUUAGGGGCUCUAAAUUGAUUCGGAAUUUCAUCGCUUUUGUUACGGUUAAACGGUGAUGUGAGUGUCUCACUAAACUUGCGAUAUGCGUUCGCGCAAAUAGCAGAUCUUUUACGCGUCGUCGAAGCUUCGAUGCAAAAGGUAACGGAACGAUUGUUUGUCUUAUUUCGCAAGGAAUGUACUUUCGUCCAUUUGAAGGAAUACCUUGAGGCUGAACUUUAUACACCCGCAUUCUGUACGGAAGAAAAAUCUUCGCAUAAACUUUGUUGCCUGCAAGUUUCACCGUCCGAAAAUUAACGAAUUCCUUUACUCAAGAUUCUACCUACCUGCAAAUAUGUGUACAAAUUUUAAAACUCUGUUGGGUGAUUUGUUCGGAUCGUAUAACUUUGUUGAAAUAUUUCAAUAAGUAUUGAUUUGAGCCUAUUUAAAAAUGCUUCUGAAAAGCAUUCAGAUUCUGCGAGGAAUCUCGAGGCUUCUGAAACUGAAUCGUUGAGUGGGCUGUGAAAUAUUUACGUUGGCUUUAUAAUGUACAACGACUAAGAGUAGGUUAUAUAAGGGAUGAGCUAAAGUUCGAAAUUGUUUAAUUUACUCCCCUGUUGAAUAAUUUGUAUCGCUGUAAGUAAUGUAUAUGUAUAAUAAUAUAGAUAUAUAUAUAAGAGCAUAGCUGUUAAGUUGUAAGACGUUUA